AUGUCGUCGAAGUCAACUGUUCCCACACAGAGUGAGAUCACUCUCGUGCCUGAGAACCUCCUCAAGAAGAGGAAGUCUCAGGAGAAGGCUCGUGAGGAGCGCGCGAUCGCAACACGCGAGAAGCGAGACAAGAGCAAGAAGAAGCGCGAGGUCAUCUUCACGAGAGCCGAGAAGUAUGUGAAGGAGUACCGCGAUGCCGAGCGGGAGCGCGUGCGCUUGUCGCGCGAGGCCAAGAAGAGCGAUAGCCUAUACGUCCCCGCCGAGCCCAAACUCGCCUUCGUCGUCCGGAUAAAGGGUAUCAACAAGAUUGAUCCCAAGAAGCGCAAGACACUGCAGCUUCUGCGGUUACUUCAGAUCAACAAUGGCGUCUUCGUCAAGCUUACCAAGGCGACUAUGGAGAUGCUGAAGAUUGUUGAGCCCUUCGUUGCUUAUGGCUACCCGAACCAGAAGUCGGUUCGUGAGCUCAUCUACAAGCGUGGCUAUGGCAAGGUCGACAAGCAACGCCUUCCUCUGACGGACAACGAGAUCAUCGAAGAGAACCUUGGCAAAUACGGCAUGAUCUGUAUGGAAGACCUCAUCCAUGAGAUCUGCACCGUUGGGCCGAACUUUAAGGCUGCUUCGAACUUCCUCUGGCCGUUCAAGCUUAACAGCCCUACUGGUGGCUUCCGCAAGAGGAAGUUCAAGCACUUCAUCGAAGGUGGUGACUUGGGCAACCGGGAAGACAAGAUCAACGAAUUGAUCAGGCAGAUGAAUUAG